GAAAUCUCUACCCAAACGUUCUCCAAUUCCGCCAUGUCGUUGGCAUCUCCUUCCCUCCUCUCUUCCCCGCUCCCCUCCCGCGGCGCCCUCGUCUUCAAGAAGCCGUCUGCUUCGUCGCUCGCAGUCUCAACGGCGAAGCGUGGAGUCCGGGUGGUCGCAGAGGCCGCGGCGGUAUCGUCCCCCGCAUCGUCGGUGUCGGCACAGCGGACCCAGCCGUCGGCAGCCGAGGUGGCGCGGACGGUGGUUGAGCUCGCGCCUUCCGGGACGCUGUCCGUCGUGGGCGCCGACGGUUGGCCGCUCGGUGUCGGCGCUCGUUUUGUCGCCGACGCCGCUGGCGCGCCCGCGCUCUGCCUAGCCACAGCGGGAGUGACCGUGCCUGAUGCGCGGGCAAGUUUUCACGUUGAGUUUCGGCAAAGUGGAGCCAGGACACCACAAUGUACUUUUCUUGGUGCCUUGACUAAACCUAGUGAUAAAUAUGAGCUGAAGAAGCUGUCUACUAGGUGGGAAACCAAAUUUGGGGAGGAGAUAGAUGAAGAUCGUUUGUAUCUAAUAUCUGUAGAGCGGAUCUUGCACAUGGAAGACUUCAACGAGGGCCGUGUGUGGGUAGUCCCGUCAGAAUACAGUGAUGCAGAACCAGAUCCGCUUCGAAACUUUGCUGAAAGCUUUGUUGAGGAAAUGAACAGUGAACAUUCUGAAGAUGUUCAUAGGAUAUACAAUAUUUAUGCCGAAUCAGAUUUUCAGGCAUUGGAUGUGAAGAUGAUUUGGGUAGACAGACUUGGUUUUGACUUGCACGUUCAUUCUGAGGAAGGCAUCUUCGCUGUUCGGAUACCUUUCUCAAGGCAGGUCUCUGACCAGAAGGCGGUGAAAUCGUCAUUCAACAUGAUGGCUCAUCAUGCAUGGGAGGUGGACAAGAGUUAUGCCACCCCAGAGUUUGAGAAGGUACAAUUCUUGAAGAAGGUCACAUAGAUGGUGUGAUAUCUGUAUUCGAUAUGAUACCUCCAUUGUCAGUAUUUUUCUGUCAUUUUUUUCUUUUUCGAAACGGUUUCUUUUAUCUUUUAGCACAAAGCGAACUAUUCUUUCGCCUUUUUCUGUCAUUUAGAUGACUAUGGUUGUGAUAUUCUCUGCCUCUUAACAUAUACGGAGUAGUUUUAAGUGUCUUUGUGUGUUUCCAUCCAUCUCUUUGCCUUAUGUACCAUUGAUUAGCGUCAUUCUGUAAUAAGAGCAACAAAUUUAGACGGUAA